AUGCAUGGUCGAACAGGUCCUGAAUAUUGGGGGCUAUUAAAUCCAGACUGGACGCUAUGUAGUAGUGGUAGACUACAAUCACCAGUUGAUAUUACACCUAAAGACAUGGUAUAUGAUGUUAAUCUGUCACAAAUUAAACUCGAUAGCAGGAAGGUAGAGGGAAUAUUACUCAACACCGGUUAUGAUAUAACAUUUCGUCUAAACACCACCCUAUUGCCUUAUUUUACAUUUACUGGUGGUCCAUUAUCCUAUACCUAUACUGUUCAUGAAAUUAAAUUACAUUUUGGUAGUGUAGAUCAGAUAGGAUCUGAACAUACUGUUAGUGGUCGUCCAUUUCCAGCAGAGGUACAAGUUAUAGGUUUUAAUUCAGAUUUAUAUGAAACAUAUCAUAAAGCAUUAAAAAGACCCCAUGGUGUAGCAGCUAUAGCCAUGUUUGGUAUUAUAGGAGAAGAACAAAAUUCUAAUUUUGAAAUUUUAGUUCAAGCGACAAAAGCCACGCCUUAUAAAGGAAACCAAAUUCCGAUAGCAGAUUUUUUUUUAGUAGGUUUAAUACCUUCAGUAGAUUUUUAUAUAACAUAUGAAGGAAGUUUAACACAUCCUAGCUGUGCUGAAACUGUAACGUGGAUUAUUCUAAAUAAACCAAUAUAUAUCACAGAACAACAGCUAUACACAUUAAGACAACUGCAUCAGGCACCUGAAGGAAGUCCACAGUUGUUGAUGGAAAACAACUUCCGGCCGCCAUUACCCAUUCACAGACGAACUAUAAGAACUAAUAUAACUCCUAAAAAUCAGGAUAAAAAAUGUGGUAUUUCAAAAAUAACUUUUUAUGAAGGAAUGGUGUUGGAAGAAAAUGUUCUGAGAGUGAAAAUAUACAAUGGUGCUGCUUCCAACAUUUCCAGUGGUGCUAUUGUAACAUCUUGA